CUUUUUGUCCUUUUAAAUCUUUGUUUUGAUUGUUUAUUUCAGAUAUUACUUUUUACUCUAAAAUAUACUUGUUCAGUUACAAUUAUCGCUAAAAUUGAAAUGAUAGACUGGAUUCAUGAAUAUGGAGGACGAAAACAAACUACCUUUGAAACGUGUGGAGCUGUCUUUAUCGAAAUUCAACGAAGUCGCGAUUCCCCAUCAUUUAGAUUUAUUACGACAACAUAAAACCAAUAUCGUCAAGUACGAGGAGAGCGGCGAGUACGGGCGCGUGCGCGCGGAGCAGACUAAUGCGCGGCGCGUGGCGUCGCAGCUGCGGACGCUGCUGGCCGAGCUGGACGCGCUGCGGCGGCGCGUGGCCGAGCCCGACCUGCCGCGCUUCGACCGCCGCACGCAGCGCGCGCGCGACCUCACGCUGCGAGCCAUCGUCGACUACCUCGGAAUUAUAGAGAGCAGUUGUAGAAAUUUGGUGGUAGCGAGCCGAGUCCGCUCUCGCACGGAGGCGACGCCAUUGACCAUAAAUCGGCAGCACGCAGAGAACGAGCCGGUGUGCGGCAGCGCCAUGUCCACGGACUCGGUGGGCGUGGUCGGACACCACGCGGACCACGACCACGACCACGAGUCCGAACGGGAGCACGACAACGAGCGACGGUCGGCGGAGCGGCAGCUCGUCGAGGAUCACGAGAGCGAGCUGCGGUCGCGCGAGGCGGUGCUGCGCGGGUGGAGCGAGCUGCAGGCGGAGGUGCGCGCGCUGCACGACACGUGGCGCCACGUGCAGCAGGCCGCGCUCGAGCAGCGCGACCACGUGGCGGCGGCGGCGGGCGGCGUGGAGCAGGCCGCGGGCCACGUGGCGGCCGCGCGCGACCAGCUCUCCGCCGCCGAGCGGCUGCGGGCCGGCGCGCUGGGCGCGGGCGGCGCGGCGGCCGGCGCGCUGCUGGCCGGCCCGCUGGGGCUGCUGCUGGGCGCCAAGGCGGCGGCCGCCGGGCUGCUGGCCGGCUCCGCGCUCGGGUACCUCGCCGCGCGCCUGCUGGGCCGCGACCGGCUCCACCACGGCGACCACGGCGACCACGGCCACCACGGCCACCACGGCGACUAG